UGCGGCUUCGCAAAAAAAAAGUCAUAAGAAGAAGAAAUAAUAAUAAUAGAAGUGGCUGCGAGUGCUAAACACAAAAUAAAAAAGAAGUGCUUGCCUAGGCAGAAAAAGUUUUUCAAUAAUACAAUAGCCAUAAAGCAAUAUUGAAAUAAAAGAAAAGAAAAGAAAUGGUACAAAAAAGUUAAAAAGUAACCACAAGCUACGUAUCGCGCGCGCCAUCUCUCUCUCUCGCUCUCUCUCUCUGUCUGUCUCCAUCUCCCUUAGUCUAUCUCGCUCUCUGCAUACGCGUACUCCUACUUCCCCCCCAAGCUUCGCUCUACUGCAUGCAUUCCUUGGAAUCAUUCUAUGUGGAUUAUCGUUACGAGUCAGAAAGAAAUCAAAAAACAACAACCUUGCGUUAUUUGGAAUAUUUUUUACGUUAUACCUCAGUCUAUAACGCUAAAUAAAUAUCGUUUUCGCUUAUCGAAAAUACAACUAAAGUCUGUACCGAAUGCUGCCGCCGAAUUGCACAAAAACUCAAAAUACUUGCGAUAAGGCAAAUGGAAAUAAUUGGUGCUAUUUGCCCCAGUUGCAUUCAAUGAGGAGAGCCUGAAGAAUCAGAAACGAACCGAUGUGAUACUUGGAGACUAAGCAUUGCAACAACGAUAUAAAUACAUUACUUUUUAGUAUUUAGCAGUAGUCAAAGCUAUAAAAAAAAAAAAACUGCAUCCUAAAAAAAAACCAAAACAAUUUGCUGAACAACUUGCCACAUUCAACAUGGAACACUUGGAUCUGGCGGGUUAUCUAAAUACGCCCAUUAAUUGGAAUUUAGGCGCAUUUGAACAGCAAGAUGGCAUUUACUUGUCCAGCUCGCGCCAAAUGCUGGAGCCCAUCAUGGAGGAGACCUCCGAGGAUGAGGAGCAUGCGCAAAAUAGCUGGAACGGCUACGAGCAUCGGGGCAGCAGCAGCUGCGGCGGCUUCUGGAGCUCCGCUGAGUCCGAGACAGGCUCGGUCAUAAGAGUCGAAAUUAACAAGGAUAUCGACGCCAUAUCGGAACGUGACUUUGCCUGUCCGCCGAAGCGAGCGCGCCGCUCGCAGGAGGAGCUGCAGCAGCAGCAGCAGCAGCUGCAGCAGCCGCACAGUCUGGAGGAUAUGGUGCAGCUGCGUCGCCCGCCACCGCCGCGCUACGAUGCCGAGGCGCACAACAGCCUGGAGCGCUUCCUGGCGCUGGAGGCCUGCGCCCGGGACAGCUACGGCAGCCAGGGCCAGCGCAACAGCACCGGCAGCUGCCGGCGCGGUGGCGGCAACUUUGAGGAUUUCUACUCGGACAACGAUUCGUAUCAUUCGCUAUCGCGCAGCUCCUCGCUGGUGCAGUUCGAGUCGCUGGAGCGCCAGCUGACGCUGCAGGAGCAGCACCAGAGCAUGAACAGCCUGGGCAACAGCUCGCCCUCGCUCUUCAGCUGCGAGACAAUGGCCAGCAGCAGCGGCGGCAGCAGCAGCAGCGGCGGCGGCGGCGCCAGCGGCAGCCACAGCAAUCCGGACAGCCGCCGCGGCUCGGCCACGUCGCUGCUGAAGCGCUACGAGUCGAGCGACGGGCGACUCCAUCAGACCUACUUCGAGCUGCACAAGCUGGACCUGGAGGAGCAGCAGCGUGAGCUGUUCGGCGCCUGCAAGAGCCUGCAUCAGGCGGAGCUCAAGUCCGACUCGGAGUCGAGCAGCACGUCCAGCAGCGAUAGCAGCGGGCACAGCAUGCUUAGCGCCUGUCCGGGGAAACAAGAUGCGGGCAGUGCCCGACGCUUGCCGCUCAAUUCGGCGGAGAAUUUGUCUGAGGAUUCGGGCUACUGUGAGCCGAGCACAUUGCGACGCGCCAAAUCCAAGAGCAUACCAAAGAAUUUCGACAAACUCUGCGAAGAGGAGGAGAUGGAGGAGCUGCUGGAACAGGAGGCAACAGUAGGCGCGGGGGCAGGGGCAGCAACAGCGACAGGCGCACAUUCCAAAAACUCCAAUGAUUUGUGUCAGACAAAAAUAGAGCAGCAGACAAACGAGACGCAGUCAUCUCUCGGCUCUCCGGCAUCGUCUAUAAAUAGCCGCGAGAGAGGCGCACGCUCGCCAUCGACAUCGUCGUCGCCGUCGCCAUCGCCCAGCGGAUCAGCGGCAUCCGCAACGUCGUCGCCGACGUCGUCGUCAACAUCGUCCGCCGCCUCGUUCACUUGGCUGCGCAACAGUUUGCCCGACAUACGCGAGCCGCGAGGUUCGUCGCCCAAAUUUCUAACGGACAACAACAGCUACGGCCUGGCCAACAACAAGAGCAACAGCAGCAGCAGCUCCUCCUCCUCCUCAUCCGCCGAGUGCUCGCCCGUGCUGUCACGAACCAGCGAAGCCACAGCCCUAGCCGGCAGCGUGCCCAACGAGCUGCAGCAGCUGGGCAGACGGAGGCGAACGCGUCGCCAGCAGCAGCAGAGAAAUUGCCAGAGCAGCGACGACGGGCACAGCUCUAGCGAGGAUUUGGACAAUUUUGAUUGCAGCAGCUUGCCGCGCAUGCGACGCAGCUGCAGCUGGAACGAACGUUGCGGCUUCAGUGGAGCAGCAAGAACGGAAGCGGAAACAGGAGCGGGCGCGGGCGCAGGCUACCUAAACGCUAGCUAUCAGAAUUUAACGCUACUCGACUACGCGGAUCGCAGUGAUAAUUGCAAGCGCAGCUCUUCGGACAUGGACAAACGUAAACGUGUCGUUUCUGGUGAGGAUUACGAGCAGCUCAUAUGCAAGGGCAACUUUUUGCUGGACGAGCUGAGCCAAAUCUAUGACAAAAACGCAUCCAUAUUGAAUGACAAGACUGUCGAGCAGGAAUGGCCGCCGGAGCAGCGCCAGCAGCAGCCGGAGCAGCGCCAGCAGCAGCCGGAGGAGGAGGCGCCACCCCAAGUGCAGCAUGUGCAGCUAACCAUACGCAAGCCGCCGGCUCGCCAAAAGCGGCACACGGCGGACAAGGAGCCGACAUCGCCAGUUCCUCAAUCCUCAGUGCCGGCGGCGACUGUCAUCAGUUUCAGCAGCUUUGGCAAGACCUUCGAUCAGGAUCCGACCAAUUUGCGCACCUCCUAUGCCCAGUCGCUGGAGCAAUGCAAUUUCGAGCUGCCCAAGAGGAAUCCGCCAGCGCCGCCCAACCGGGCGCUGCCCAAGCGCCGCUUCCAGAGCUCAACGGCCAAGCAGCGCAGCCUGGUCAGCAGCACGCCCAAUCUAUCGGCCUUCGAUGGCGGCCAGGAGGCGGAGGAUGAUAUAUAUGUGAGCAGUGCGCAUAAUUCGAUGCAUCAGCUGCCGCAGACACCGACACAGCCAAAGCCUUUGGGCAUACUGUUGCCGGCGGGCUCGCGUAAUUCAUUUAGCAAGGAGGUGAGUUUCUGUCCAGUGGUGAGUAAGUAUUGCUGGCAGGAGCAGUCUUCGGAGGAGCCGCAAGAGGAGCACGAGCAGACGAGCAGCGAUGAGGAGCAAGAUGAUGAUGAUGAUGAUGGAGAAGAGGGGGAGCUGUUGGAUAACGACGAUGCCACUGUUAUUUAUAACACCAAAGAGAACGAGUACAUAGCAGCGCGCUACACUGAAGAGCAGCAGCUAAGAGCGCCGCAACAAGAGCAUCAAGAGCCACAGCAAAAGCAACAGCAAAGAGCGCAAGAGAGCGACUGUGAACGCGAGCGUGAGAGCAUGAUCGAUGACGCGAUGAGCAGCGAGAGCGAUGAAAACAACGAAAACAUCGCCGCUGGCGGCAGCAUGGAAACGCAACAAAAACAAACAUCGCCGCCGCCGCCGCAGCCCGUUUCAAGCGUCGCUGCUGCUGCCUCUGCUGUCAGUCUUGAAACGAGCGUCGACGCGAGCUCAUCGUACGCGAUCGCCAGUUCACCAGUUCACACAGUGCCGUUACACACACGCCCCCUAAGCCUGCAUUUGCCCAUACUAAGCGAACCGCCAACAAACCGCGCACACCACAUACUCUACGCCUCGCAGCAGCUGCUGCAGCGUUACGACAACGACAACGUCGUCAAGAACAUGUCGUCCAAAUCAACGUCAGUCCAGCCAGCGACGCACGUCGUCAGCGCCAAUAACAAUGAGUCGCCGCUUAAGCAGCGCGCCAAUAAAACGGAUGAGAAGCAUCCCAGCUCAAAGAGUUUUCUGUCGCGCUUUGCGCAUGGCCUGCGCUUCUCGCUGCGCCGCAAGAAGAAGCAGCAGCAACAGCAGCCGCAGCAGCAGCCGCAGCAGCAGCCGCAGCAGCAGCAGGCCAGUCUCAAGCAAGCGCCGCAGAGCAAUGGCAAAAGCCAGGAUUUCAUUUACAUACCCCUCAAGCCGCCGCGCAGCACGCUAGAUGACAGCAACGCCUCCGAGGCGAGCACCGCCAGCGUGCACAGCCGCCAGGCGACAGCCGCAGCAGCAGCAGCAGCUGAGCUGGAGCAGCCGAAAACAUCGACACUGCAAAAGCUGGUCACAGGUAAACCCCCGCUGCCUAAGUUGCCGCCGAGGCAAACGCAUGCGCCGUACUCGGUGAGUGCUGCCAAUGGCUCGUUUGGUGCUGCCCAUGCUAGCGAUGCUCUCUUGGCCGCCGAACGGGAACAAUAUGCGGCCUUUGCCCAACAGUUGACAACGGGCCAGCGUCACGAAAUGUCGCUAACGGAAACGGAAAUGGCUCGAGCCACCGAAUCGCCGUCGCGCGCCUCUGUCGCGCAAAAGACGCAAAUGUUCAAUCAGCUGGGCGCCGGCUUGCCGCUGCCGACGCGUCCGCUCACCAUGGUGACAGCCGUGCCGGUGGCUGUCUCCCCAAUGCUGGAUGACACCGACGGCGGUGGCGGGAAAAUGGGCCUCAUCGAGACCAAUUUGGACACACACGAAACUGUUAUCACGGGCAAGACACGCUCCCUUAUGGACAUCACCUGCAACCCGCUGCACAAACGGUAUCUGGUCAAGCGCUUAAAUGUGACCAGCGCCGCCUACGAUGUCCAGGAUGAUGAUGACGACGACGACGACGGCGAUGAGCGUCUCGAUGGAAACAAUCAACGCAUCAAGCCAUCAACACAGGCGGGCGGCGUCCAAAUCGCCUCGGUCCGUAGGCCACACAAAAGCAUGGAAUUUCUGCUGGAUAAAGAGAAUCAAAAGAAUGUUUUGGUGAGUACCAAAAGAAAUCCAUAUGUUAACCGUAAAGCGCGUGUACAGUGA